CUCUGGGGGAUGAAUUAUGUUGAUUUGAGAGGGGCAUAUUGGGGAUUUUGGGAUCCUAUGCGUUGGGCUUGCUGAUUUUUCUGUUGUGUGAUUAUAGAGGAGUAAAUGGUGGUAGGGAACGUAAACCUGGGGUUGUUGAUAUUGUGCUUUGGAGUAAGCGGGUUUGUUUACCUGUUUCAGUAUGAAUUGCCUGAGCAUGUAAGGUGAAAUCGGCUGUGUGGUCUGGUUUCUGGCAUAUAUAUUGAUUAUUUGUUUGUUUCACUUGUGAACGCCAAUAAAAUAGGUUCCAAAUUUAGGUGUAACGAGAUUUCCUUGGAUAUGUAACAAAAGGGAGUGAGCUGUUAUAUGCUAGCAUGCGUGUGUGGAUAAUUUAUUACUUUUCAUACAUGAUAAUUUGUUAUUUUUUCUUUGAUUUUACCACGAGCCCCAUGGUACCAUAUAAAGUCAUUUGUUUCUUUGACUUUUCUUUUACAACUUUAAGCCACCCGAACUAAUAAACUUUGGUGCUACUGCUAUACACAUGCUGAGGAAUCUCUUUGAAGACAGUUUGUUAUGUGAUGAUCUGUUGCCUGGUUCCAUUUGUUAUUUUACUCUGUGAUUUCAUGACGGAUGUCUAUGUGAAAUUGGAAAAGGAGCAUUGGACUCAUGGUUAAUGCCACUUCAAGAGCAGGCAAAUACAGUUUGCAAGAAGGUCAAGAAAAUGAAAGAGCUCAGCGAAGGUUACAAUAUAGUCGGCCUGUCUCAGGGGAACUUAAUUGGCCGGGCUGUAAUUGAGUACUGUGAUUGUGGACCACCGGUCAAGAAUUUCAUCUCAAUUGGAGGUCCUCACGCUGGUACAGCUUCAGUGCCACUUUGUGGUUCUGGGUUUCUUUGCAUUCUUAUUGAUAAUCUGAUUAAAUUGGAGAUAUAUUCAGACUAUGUCCAGGCACAUCUUGCCCCUAGUGGUUACCUAAAGAUACCCACCGAUAUGGAAGCUUAUUUGAAGGGUUGCAGAUUUCUUCCUAAGCUUAACAAUGAGAUACCAAGUGAAAGAAAUGCUACAUAUAAAGAAAGAUUCAGCAGCUUGGAAAACUUGGUAUUGAUCAUGUUUGAGGAUGAUGCAGUCUUAAUACCUCGGGAAACAGCAUGGUUCGGUUAUUACCCUGACGGUUCCUUUAACCCAGUGCUCCCUCCUCAAGAGACAAAGCUCUAUACCGAAGAUUGGAUUGGUUUGAAGACCCUGGAUGAGGCUGGGCGUGUUAAAUUCGUGUCUGUGCCAGGUGGUCACCUGCGCAUCUCCAGAAGCGACAUGAAGAAGUACAUCGUGCCUUACUUGAAGCCGGAUGCGUUAUCCAAGCAGAGUAUACGCAGGAUCUUGUCGGUUUGAGAGUGCAUAAGGCGCGCGGCUGCUUUAUUAGAAGGGAACCACGUUCAUAUUUGGGAAAUGUCUGUAUCAGCUGGACCCUGUAUUGAUGCCUUGUAAAUACGCUAAACGUGAAGGGAAGAAAUGAAAGCCUAGUGAUGUUUGAUCGAUUCUUCAAGAUUCAA